AUGUCGGCUUUUACUGAGAUCACCUCGGAGGCCGAAUUCACAUCUCACCUGGCCUCACUGUCGCCGUCGGCACUGCUUGUCCUCUACUUUCACACACCAUGGGCGGCACCCUGCACACAGAUGCGCGCUGUGCUUGAGGCCAUCGCCGGCCAGUACCCCGCCGCCUCUCCGCCCGUUAUCUCGUUUGUCAGCAUCAAUGCGGAGGAGUUGCCCGAUAUUUCCGAAGAGCUUGAUGUGACAGCGGUGCCAUUUGUCGUCUUGAUGCGCGGCGGCCAACGCUUGGAGGAUAUCAGCGGGAGCGACGCUGUCAAGGUCCGCAAUGCGAUUGAACGCCAUGCCGGCGGCUCCGUCCCCGUGGACGGCGCAAAGGCUAGUCUGCCCGCCCCUCUUGCGGCCACACCGCGGGAGAAUGGACCUGAGAUUGCUACCCAGCCCCCUGCUGCAUCUGCUCGGGCACCCGAGCCUGCUGCCAACGCGAUUGACGUGUCAGCGGCCCCUGCUCUGACACCCGAGCAGUCGAAGGAGGCACUGUGGGCUCGUCUGGACCAACUCGUCAAGGCCGCUCCCGUGAUGCUGUUUAUGAAGGGCACACCCAGCUCGCCUCAGUGCGGUUUCAGCCGACAGCUGGUGGGUAUUCUGCGUGAGCGCAGCGUCAAGUAUGGCUUUUUCAACAUUCUCGCCGACGAGGAUGUUCGUCAGGGUCUGAAGGAAUAUGCCGACUGGCCUACCUUCCCACAGCUGUGGGUGGGUGGUGAAUUGGUUGGUGGACUGGACAUUGUCCGUGAUGAGAUUGAGAAUGACCCCGGUUUCUUUGACCAGUACUCAGUCAACAAGCAGGCUUAG